AUGCAAGAACAAGGCUUACAAGUCGACGACGCACCCCCUGAUGACUCAAUUCGCGAAACCUACAACUUCGCCCCGGGAUACAACGGCGCCAUCUACCGCGCCGACAGCCCCAAUGAAGAACAUCACCACCACCCCUCAAACACGAAUCCCAACUCUCCCGAAAACGAACAAGAAACUAACCCCGCGAAUGGCCCUCCCAAGUUUACCUCACCCAGCAGCAACUCCAAGGCCCGCGCCCACUACAAACUCCAAGCUAUGAAAUGGGGCCUCGUGCCCUCGUGGACCAAGCGCUUACUAGACUACGGAACCCUCAUGCGCACGAUCAACUGCCGCGAUGACUCGCUCGUCGAGGACCGCGGCAUGUGGACGUCUAUGAAGCGCAAGAAGCGGUGCGUGGUCAUCUGCCAGGGGUUCUACGAGUGGUUGAAGAAGGGACCCAGCGGGAAGGAGAAGGUCCCGCAUUUCGUGAAACGGAAGGAUGGGGAUUUGAUGUUCUUUGCCGGGUUGUGGGACUGUGUUUCGUUUGAUGACUCCGAAGAACCCCUCUUCACAUAUACCGUCAUCACGACCUCAUCAAACCCCUACUUGAAGUUCCUCCAUGAUCGGAUGCCCGUGAUCCUCGAGCCAGGUAGCGACGCCAUGAAGACAUGGCUGGAUCCGACGCGUACGACGUGGUCGAAGGAACUACAGUCCGUGCUGAAGCCCUACGAGGGUGAGCUAGAGUGCUAUGCCGUCUCCAAGGAGGUGGGCAAAGUGGGCAACAACUCGCCGGAUUUCAUGGUCCCCGUGGCCAGUAAGGAGAAUAAGAACAACAUCGCGAAUUUCUUCGCCAACGCGAAAGAGAAGUCUGAGCCGGCUCCUGUGGAGAAACCAGUGCCAACUAAAGAGCCGAAAGUAGAGGAAGAUGAAAGCGAGCAGAGACCGACGAAGGAUGAUGAGUGGAGCGAGGAUCAUGCACCGAAGCCAGUAUCGGGUGUUAAGCGAGAACAUGACGACCAAGGGCCAGGUGAGGGCGCGGACACGGACGACCCGAAGAAGCCGAAGCUCGAGGAACAUACUCCGUCGCCGCAAAAGGCCCAAGGACAGUUUUCGCCAUCGCUGUCGAAACGGCUGACCGUGCCUUCGGGAAGGAAGACACGCAGUGCCACGCAUAAUCAAAAACCGCCAAAGAAGGCGGACAGCAAGAAGGCGUCGGAUGGAUCGCAGCGGAUCACGAAGUUUUUUGGCAAGUGA